CUCGCCGCGGCUCCCUCCCUCCCUCCGGCUGAGGGCGGCCGGGUCGGCGCUCAGCGGGAUCCAAGUCCUCCUCUCUCGGUGCAUGGUCGCGGCGGGAGCCGAAAAGGGCGAGCCCGGCGGGGCGAGGGCCGGAGGCGGCGGCGACGACAACAGAGCCCCAGGGCGGAGGAGCCGCCUCUGCCCUGCAGAGGUAUUGCCAGACAUCUGAAGUGGUUGACCAAGCCUAGGGACUUGGAACAGUGGUGUGUGAUGUCAAACAGUGCGCAGUCCUUGCAGCCUCCCCCACCAGCCUGCAGUGUCAUAUGCCAGUAUGAAUAUUAAGAAAGAAAACUGUAUUUCAGAGCUCAGCAUCCCAGAAGGAAAAAAGGAGGAACUAAACAGAAACAACAAAUGACUGCACUGCUUGCAAAACUUGAGGCUGUUCAUUUUUUCUUCUGAGAAGCUUCAUCUUGGCCUUUGUGAGAGAGUUGAAAGAGUAGCCGGAGCAGACUUAGUAGUUUUCUUAGGGUCCUUUUUUCCUUUUUUAAUUUAAUUUUUCCCCCCAGUGCCUGGAUUUUAAGACUGUCUGCUGCACUGAUCACAAGCACUGGACAUCAAUAUGUGUCAUGUCAUUGUAACGUGUCGGUCAAUGCUAUGGACUCUCCUGAGUAUCGUGGUGGCAUUUGCAGAGCUCAUUGCCUUCAUGAGCGCAGACUGGCUGAUUGGGAAAGCAAAGCCUUCAAGCUCCGAGGAUGUGGACAACAGAACAGGGGGAUCGCAGGAGCCUUACCAUCCAACUCUGGGCAUCUACGGGCGCUGCACCAGAAUCUCCCACAUGCAGUUUUCUAGACGAGACACGCUUUGUGGUCCUUACGCUGAAAACUUCAAUGAGAUUGCCAGUGGGUUCUGGCAGGCGACCGCUAUUUUCCUAGCCAUGGGAAUCAUGAUUCUCUGUACCGUGGCAUUUGUGUCUGUCUUUACUAUGUGUGUGCAGAGUAUUAUGAAGAAAAGCAUUUUUAAUGUCUGUGGGCUGCUACAAGGGAUUGCAGGGCUCUUCCUUAUCUUAGGCUUGAUACUUUACCCUGCAGGUUGGGGAUGCCAGAAGGCAAUAAGCUAUUGUGGACCUUAUGCUUCUGCUUACAAACUAGGAGACUGCUCCUUGGGCUGGGCUUUCUACACAGCCAUCGGUGGCACUGUUCUGACGUUCAUCUGUGCAGUCUUCUCGGCGCAAGCUGAAAUAGCCACGUCCAGUGACAAAGUGCAAGAAGAAAUAGAAGAAGGAAAAAACCUUAUCUGCCUCCUUUAACUACAGUGGGGAAAAAUACCAGCAUCUGGAUCUUUAUCUGCUUUCCAUUGACUGGACAAGCAGAUCCACUUACCUGUUUUUACCAUUUGUGUGAUUGAGCCCCAUGCAUUCCAGCCCCGAACUACUGAAAGGGGGCUUUCUUCCUUGCUGGGCAAUGGGGAUCAGAGAAAGGAUCCCAAGAAAGCAGAAUGUAAAUACUUGGGGAUAUUUUUAGUUUCAUUCUGUGAUCAGGACACAGUGGAAUAUAUUGAUCUGACUGGGGAUGUGAGUAAACACCUGUAUAUAGCAGGAAUGUUGUUAUAACUGACAAAUUCUGAUCAAUUGGAUUGCCUAACCCACCCUGGUCACUUUGAAGAAUUUGGGUUUAAAAU